GUCUUGUAUCUGCCUCAGAAAUUUCUGGGGUAAAUCAUCCCUGUUUACGAAGAAAAAUCAGCUUUCAUCAUGAAACAACAAAUACUGUGUAUUCCGAGUCUUCCCCAUCCCCGGCACUGCUCAUGGCAUCGAACGGCGGCCCAUCUCGAAAGCAACCUCCAGGGGACAUGUCGGACCAGGACUGGGAGGUACAAACUGGUCGUGCGAUACACAUCAUCCAAAAUACUCUGCCCGACUUCUUCUCCAUCGGCCUCGUAACUCGUAUAUCCAACGAAGAUGACAACGCAUCAAGUUCGCCCGAAUCUUCCUUAUCCAUUCUGUCUAAGACCAUCCCCAGUUUUCCGCAUCUAAUUGGCACGGACAAAACGAAGGACAGUCUGCCUUCCGCAGAAGACAUACCCAUCGACGAACAUAACGAGGAACACGACCUGGAGCCCAUCUACAGCCCCAAAGUCAAACUCGUAUACUCUCCUCCUGAUAAACUCCCGCCGCCUUUUCCAGAAACGCUCAAAGUCGAGGGCCUCCCACUCUACCUUGCAUCAUCCUCGGUUGUCCGACACACUCUCAAUGCUCUUUAUACCGAUCUCACCGUCGACAUUCGCAAAUUCUCUGUCUCCUCGUCUAGUCCCUUCAAUUCGUCAUCCGUUCCGUCCCCGAGUCCUCGGCCCGGAUCGCAGAAGCUGAAUCGGAAGCGCGAGAAGUCAUUGCUUGUGCGACUCGCUGUGACGGGGAGGGCAAGGGUCAGUGGUAGUCCGGCGGAGUGGGAGGUUAAUUCAACAUACAACUUCUCACCCAACACCGGUCUCAUCUACGAACACAUCGUGAACUCUAUCCAGCCCGCACCUCAUGCAGGAGUCUUUGACUUCAUGAGGCUUGCCUUAGGAAAGCUGAGGGGGCCUGGCGCGACUCCGUCGCCAACGGGUUGUCAUGGUGGCGAGUAUAGACUGGGCCACAAAGACAGAGUGAUCACCCAGAGCGAUGAAUCUUGGCGAUGAGAGGUUGGUGUCUCUUGUCUU